AUGCCUAGAGAACCACACGAGCAAGACGUUUUACCAAUUGGCAUCAGGGUAACGGCUCCAAGCUCCGCGCAGAGGCGGGAGAGUGAUACCUUCGCUACCUGCAAUGUUGUCUUUUUGGAUACUUCAAUAGAAAAAGCCGUAGUUGUCAAAGGUAGAAGUAGUGGAGUAGAUAACGACGAAGCUACUGAUGCUGUUUCCAGGGUUGAGCUCGACAAUGACUUGCUGAUUUGGAAAGGAAUUCAGCUGCAACUAUUCCAGUGCUACAUUUGCGGCACUCACGAGCUGCGCAUCAAUGAGAUCCGAGAGAUGACUCAGUACUGGAAAAAGUACCAGAUCCCAGACCUGUGGUUCGAACUAGCCACGACAUGUGACACCUCCCAAAAUAGGUUAGAGAAUCUUCAUAUGCAAGACAGCACGCUUCGGGAACGGACUUCCUUGCCUUUGGUUGAUGCCUCUGGGUGCAUCUCCAUGUGUAUCGUCAACUCUGCGUCUACACAUAGCUCUGCAGUGCUACGUCGGUAG